AUGGACAGCGUGAGCAGACAAUCUAGUGUAGCUUCUACCGCAAGCGUUGCUGAACAGCCUGCCGACGCAGAAUCGUUCAUUACAAAACACUUCAAGAAACGAGAAUGCGGACGCAUUGUACCGCAAACGGAGCAGCCUGAUAGGUGUUGCUGCGGACGGCCUGUCAACAGAGACCAUAGUACUACGUUGUCUCGGCCGGAAAGCAGAAAUGGAAACAAUGGAUGGAAGGUCGAGAGCGACACGUGGAGCAUUGCAACCGACGCUUUCGGCGAAAUGGAGUUUGCUGGAAGAACGGCGAGAAAAUCGAAGGCUAAGUACGUACGCCUGUCUUCUGAUUCGAAAGAACAGGACGUACUGAAACUUUUGAUUGACUACUGGAUACCAAAAAAAACUCCCAAACCGCGUCUGGUUAUUUCCGUAACAGGAGGAAGCUCACGCUUUCAUCUUAACUCUCGUGUCAGAAAUAUUAUAACAAAUGGUUUGGUAAAGAUGGCAACGACAAGCAACGCGUGGGUGAUGACGGGUGGUUUUCAUCGAGGAGUGAUGAAGAUGGUAGGUCAGGCCUUGAAGGACCAGACCGACAAUCAAGGAAACAGAGUUCCGGUUAUCGGUUUUGCCACGUGGGGGUUCACAAGGAAUAGACAUCAUCUUGUGAACGGGUCUGUAAACAGUGCAUCAACAACACGUUGCUACAAACCCGUCGACCACUUUGCAAUGGAUGCGACAUCUCUACCACUGGAUUCGAACCACACGCACUUCAUAUUGGUAGACGACGGUACCGUGGAACAGCCGUAUCGAUGUAAUGAUUUGUUGAAGAAAUUUAGAGACAUGCUUGGCAAAGAAACAGAUGGGGAUUGCGGAGUGACAGUACCGUUGGUCACUGUACUGGUUGGAGGCGGAGUAGGAUCCAUGGAAAUCGUGCAGUCAACACUGGAAGCAAAGUUACCCGUCGUCGUUGUGAAAGGCAGCGGCCGCUUGGCUGAUUUGCUUAGUGACGUUUACGAAAACUUGAAAAGUUUUGAAAAGAAUAAAAUCAAAUCUAAAAUUGAAUCUAUACUUAAAUCUGAAGAUAAUAAGAGUUCGUCUCUGUGGAAGUCGGUGUCAACAAAAGAUUGGUCAACAAUUCAAAAGUGGGCUAAUAACGUAGUAGUGCCCUUCAUGCAGAAAGUGUUUGAAGACGAAUCACUGUUGACAAUAUACGAUGCAUCUGAAACUACGUAUUCUACGAAUCUUCCUGACUUGGACUUCGUUAUAUUGAAGUCGAUCCUUACAAGAGCUAAGACUUCAAAUCUAGAUGAAGCAGUUCGCUUAGCGGUAGAGUGGAACCGAGCAGACAUCUUGCGAGAAGAAAUCUUGUCUCAAGCUAUCGAUCUGAAAGACUUGAUGCAUUGGGAUAGUCUGAUGGAUGCUGCUCUUGUGGCUGACAGUCGCGAGUUUGUAAGGCUGUUUAUCGAACAUGCAGUCGUCGACUUCGAAGAAUACAUGAACGACAUGAAACUCGUCUAUUUGUACAACCGUCCCGGAGAGGUGGAAGACCCAGUGACACUCGACAAAGGGCAGAUCAACAAGAUCUGCUCCAAGCUGUUUAGAACCUGUUUUGGUCAACCGAAUCUUAUUCAUAUGGGCACUACUGACAAAUCGAUGGAAAUUGGCCGAAGUCUUUUGGACGUACGGUCCGGAACCCGUAGCGGCCGCUCUGGCAGCUGGAGUUUUUCUGAGCUCGAUGGCUGA